UCGGGCUACGGAGAGAUGGCAAGUCUGUGCCCAGUGCUGUUUGCUCUGCUGAGCCCCGGUAUCUGUCUCUUCAAAUAUCUGCAUCUGCCUUCUCCUCAGUCUUAGAUGGUAAACUCGACUCUGAUUCUUUCACCCCUCGGUUCGAACAUCCAGUGCUCAACAUGGCGACCGCUCCACCUAUUCCAGAAUUCAACUCCAGCAUCCCAAACGGCGGUAAUCCGCAGGAAAUCGACGUCAAUGCUCCCUACGUCGGGCUUGAGUGGGAAUAUGUCUACCAAGUCAUACUCGGUUGCUUGGUGUUUCUGAUCGUCCCUGGCAUUGGUCUCCUCUACGGCGGCAUGUCGCGGCGAAAAUCAGCGCUUGCUAUGAUCUUUCAAGCGUUCACUGUCAUGGCAGUCUGUUCAUUCCAAUGGGCGUUCUGGGGGUUCUCUUUGGCCUUCUCUCGUACUGGAGGCCCAUUUAUUGGAGAUCUUAGCAACUUUGGGAUGAAAAACGUUAUGGCUGCACCUUCAUGGGGAUCUGCCGUCCUCCCGGAUAUUGUCUUUUGCUUCUACGAGUUGAUGUUCUGCGCAUGUGCAACCAUGAUCGUUGUCGGCGGUUCUUUCGAGCGCGGUCGGAUUGUCCCUUCGAUCAUCUUCGGAUUCUUCUGGGCGACCGUGUGCUACUGCCCUAUUUCCUAUUGGACAUGGAACGCCAAUGGCUGGCUCUUUACAUUUGGUGCAUUAGACUUCGCAGGUGGUGGGCCAGUUCAUAUAUCCAGUGGCACUGCAGGGCUAGCUUAUGCUUUGGUUCUUGGUCGACGCAAGCAAUACCACGAGAAGCAUAUCUACAAGCCUCACAAUGUUACUAUCGUUUUUCUCGGAACAACACUCAUCUGGUUCGGAUGGUUCGGAUUUAACGGAGGCUCAGCUCUCAAUGCCAGCAUCCGUGGAAUGAUCGCUGUUUGGAACACAAACUUCGCUGCCUCAUGUGGAGUCGCGGGGUGGGUGAUGAUGGAUUAUAUCAAGAAACGAAAAUUCUCCGUCAUCGGGGCUUGCGAGGGUGCUAUUGCCGGGUUGGUGGGUAUAACUCCAGCGGCUGGCUAUGUCUCUGUUUGGUGUGGUGCUGCCAUCGGUUUUCUCACUGCAGUCAUUGUGAACCUUUUUGAAAACGUCAACGAAUGGCUCAAAGUGGACGAUGGUCUGGAGGUCUUCAAAUUGCAUGGCAUUGGUGGAAUGUGCGGUGCAUUCUUGACUGGAGUUUUCGCGACUGCUUCAGUCUCCAGUCUCGACGGAGCUACUAUUGUACACGGAGCUAUUGAUGGCGAUGGUGUUCAAAUCGCACGUCAGCUCGCCGAGAUUGCUGCAAUAGCAGGGUGGUCCUUCACGCUCUCGGCUAUCAUGCUCGUUAUCCUCAAGUACAUCCCUGGCCUCCAUCUCAGAGUCACCGACGAGGUCGAGAUAAUUGGUCUUGACAUCGACCAAUUUUCCGACGAGCAGGUCGGCGAGUGGUCAUUGUUUGCUGAUGAAACUGGACAUCGGCGAUCAAUUGAACAAAUCACACAUGGGGUAGAGGCAUCUACACCUGUUGCAGCGACACCUCAUGCAGAUGAUAAGUUGGAGAUGCAAACUUCAGAGGCGAAAGAGGCAAUUUCAACAUAAUGGUAUAGGGCGAUGCUCUCUGCCGUGGACUUUGGGGGAACUUUGGGGCCGUCAAUGCCUGGAUUCGUGCCAUUUCUGCUACAUGCGGAUCGUCACAUAUGACGUUGAGGCAAAAGGCGGAAGAAGCAUAAACAUAGAAAUGGCAAAAUGUAUAAUCAGCUCAAUCGACACUAUUGGAAUUACACGCUAAGUAUGACGAAUGCUAUUGUCAAAAUGCAGAGAAGGAUAUAGUCGGCCGCAAAAGCCUCGUGGAAGGUGACAGUUAGUACCUUGGUAGAUGUGACAUUUCGAUUCGCCGUGGUGGCUUAGCAAGUUCGAU